CUUCCACCAUGGCCGCCUCUGUGUGGUGUAGGGAGAAGCUGGUGCUCCUUGUCCUCCUAUAGCGCUUACUGCCUCGCCCUCAGCCCCUAGGGCCCGGAUCCAAAGGAACUUCGCUCCUCAACCCUGGGGCACCAGCAAGGAAGGCUUCCCCCCUGCUUCAGGGGCAGGACUCCUCUUUCCCCCAGCUCUGAGCCUGAAACUUAGGGUUUUCCCUGCUUCUCUUGGGGUCAGAAGCAGAAGGGGCGCCCCUUCCACUUCCUCUGGGGCGGAAGCGUCUUCUGCCUGUGCCCUAGGGGCACAGACCCUCACCCCAGCAGACUUAGGAGCUAACGGCUUUUUCUCAGCACUGCCACUGCAGGGGCAGGAUCUCAGGGCCCUCCGCCUUCGCUUCCUGCACAGGAGCGGCCUCUCCCAGAAGGUGGAGGAGAGGACUGGAACCUUUUCCCUCCCCUGCCCCUCCUGCCCCGCUUGCCCCCAUCCGUGGCAACCCAGAGCGCCCCGUUUCUAAGGCUUCCCACCCAUCCUCUCCCCGGCCUUUUCCCGUCUCCUGGCUGCAGCUAUGGAGUUACAGAAGGGAAAGGGGGCAGCAGCAGCAGCUGCUUCGGGAGCAGCGGGAGGUGGAGGAGGAGCGGGAGCAGGAGCCCCAGGAGGGGGGAGGCUGCUACUUUCAACCAGUUUGGAUGCCAAGGAUGAGUUAGAGGAGAGAUUGGAAAGAUGCAUGAGCAUUGUAACAUCCAUGACUUCUGGGGUCUCGGAGAGGGAGGCCAAUGACGCCCUAAAUGCCUAUGUAUGCAAAGGUCCCCCUCAGCAUGAGGAAAUCUGCCUCGGUCUCUUCACCCUUGUCCUUACUGACCCCGCCCAAGCCCAGAAGUGUUACCGGGACUUGGCUCUGGUGAGUCGUGACGGCAUGAAUAUUGUCCUGAAUAAAAUCAACCAGAUACUCAUGGAGAAGUACCUGAAGUUGCAGGAUACCUGCCGUACUCAGCUGGUGUGGUUGGUACGGGAACUAGUGAAGAGUGGUGUUCUAGGAGCCGAUGGUGUUUGCAUGACAUUCAUGAAGCAGAUUGCAGGUGGGGAUGUUACAGCAAAAAAUAUCUGGUUGGCAGAGAGUGUACUGGAUAUCCUGACGGAGCAGAGGGAGUGGGUAUUGAAGAGCAGCAUCCUCAUUGCCAUGGCUGUUUACACAUACCUCCGCCUCAUCGUGGACCACCACGGGACCGCUCAGCUCCAGGCCCUGCGGCAGAAGGAGGUGGACUUCUGCAUCUCACUGCUUCGGGAACGGUUCAUGGAAUGUUUGAUGAUUGGCCGGGAUCUUGUAAGACUACUUCAGAAUGUUGCCAGGAUACCAGAAUUUGAACUACUUUGGAAAGAUAUUAUCCAUAAUCCUCAGGCUCUGAGCCCUCAGUUCACAGGUAUCCUGCAACUUCUUCAAUCAAGAACUUCCCGAAAAUUCCUAGCAUGUCGGCUAACCCCAGACAUGGAGACUAAGCUCCUUUUCAUGACAUCCCGGGUGCGGUUUGGCCAGCAAAAGCGAUACCAGGAUUGGUUCCAGCGCCAGUACCUGUCAACCCCAGACAGUCAGUCUCUGCGCUGUGACCUCAUUCGCUACAUCUGUGGGGUUGUCCACCCUUCCAACGAGGUGCUGAGUUCAGAUAUCUUGCCCCGAUGGGCCAUCAUUGGCUGGCUCCUGACAACAUGCACGUCUAAUGUUGCUGCCUCAAAUGCCAAGCUGGCUUUGUUUUACGACUGGCUGUUCUUUAGCCCAGACAAGGAUAGCAUUAUGAACAUAGAACCAGCCAUCCUGGUCAUGCACCACUCCAUGAAGCCGCACCCAGCCAUCACCGCCACACUCCUGGACUUCAUGUGCCGUAUCAUUCCCAACUUCUAUCCACCAUUGGAGGGCCACGUGCGACAAGGCGUCUUCUCUUCCCUCAACCACAUUGUUGAGAAACGAGUCUUGGCGCAUCUGGCUCCACUGUUUGACAACCCCAAAUUGGAUAAGGAACUGCGGGCAAUGCUGAGGGAGAAGUUUCCUGAGUUCUGCAGUUCACCGUCCCCACCUGUGGAAGUCAAAAUUGAGGAACCAGUUUCCAUGGAGAUGGACAACCACAUGUCAGACAAGGAUGAGAGUUGCUAUGACAAUGCAGAGGCAGCCUUCAGUGAUGAUGAGGAGGAUCUCAACAGCAAAGGAAAGAAGAGAGAGUUCCGCUUCCACCCUAUCAAGGAGACUGUGGUGGAAGAGCCAGUUGACAUCACCCCUUACCUUGACCAGCUCGACGAGUCCUUAAGGGACAAAGUUCUCCAGCUGCAGAAGGGCAGCGAUACAGAGGCCCAGUGUGAGGUCAUGCAGGAAAUCGUGGACCAGGUCCUGGAGGAAGACUUUGACUCGGAGCAGCUGUCUGUCCUCGCUUCCUGCCUACAGGAGCUCUUUAAGGCCCACUUCCGAGGGGAGGUGCUGCCCGAGGAGAUCACCGAGGAGUCCCUGGAGGAGUCUGUGGGGAAGCCGCUCUAUCUGAUAUUUAGGAAUCUCUGUCAGAUGCAGGAAGACAAUAGCAGUUUCUCUCUGCUCCUGGACCUCCUCUCUGAGCUGUACCAGAAGCAGCCCAAGAUCGGCUACCACCUGCUGUACUACCUGAGGGCCAGCAAAGCCGCCGCAGGAAAGAUGAACCUGUACGAGUCCUUUGCCCAGGCCACCCAGCUGGGCGACCUGCACACCUGCCUGAUGAUGGACAUGAAAGCCUGUCAGGAGGAUGACGUGCGCCUGCUGUGUCACCUCACACCCUCCAUCUACACAGAGUUUCCGGAUGAGACCUUGCGGAGCGGGGAGCUACUGAACAUGAUUGUGGCUGUCAUUGACUCUGCUCAGCUCCAGGAGCUGGUCUGCCAUGUGAUGAUGGGGAACCUGGUGAUGUUUCGAAAAGAUUCUGUCCUCAACAUCCUCAUCCAGAGCUUGGAUUGGGAAACCUUUGAACAGUACUGUGCCUGGCAGCUCUUCCUGGCCCACAACAUCCCCCUGGAGACCAUAAUCCCCAUCCUUCAGCACCUCAAAUACAAGGAGCACCCAGAGGCCCUGUCCUGCCUGCUGCUUCAGCUCCGGAGAGAGAAGCCCAGCGAGGAGAUGGUGAAGAUGGUGCUGAGCCGGCCCUGCCACCCCGACGACCAGUUCACCACCAGCAUCCUGCGGCACUGGUGCUUGAAGCACGACGAGCUGCUGGCGGAGCACAUCAAGUCCCUGCUCAUCAAGAACAACAGCCUCCCUCGGAAGAGGCAGAGCCUGAGGAGUUCUAGCAGCAAGCUGGCCCAGCUGACCCUGGAGCAGAUCCUGGAGCACCUGGACAACCUGCGUCUCAACCUGACCAACACCAAGCAGAACUGUACGCGCCCACCCUCGAGUCUGGCCUGUGUGGUACCGGCCUGUCCACACCACCUUGCAGCCCGUGGGGGUGGGGCCGGACACCAGGCCAGGCCCAAAGCCACUGCAGAAUCAGCCCUUGGGUUGCAAGUAAUAAGCUCCAGACAUCUCACUGGUCUCCUUCCCUGUUCUCCGCUUCUCCCUCCAGUUUUCAGCCAGACCCCCAUUCUCCAGGCUCUGCAGCACGUCCAGGCAAGCUGUGACGAAGCUCACAAGAUGAAGUUCAGCGAUCUCUUCUCCCUGGCUGAGGAAUACGAGGACUCUUCCACGAAGCCACCCAAGAGCCGACGAAAAGCCGCUCUGUCCAGCCCCCGGAGCCGCAAGAAUGCCACCCAGCCCCCCAAUGCUGAGGAAGAGUCUGGCUCCAGCAGUGCCUCGGAGGAAGAAGACACGAAACCGAAGCCCACCAAGCGGAAACGGAAGGGAUCCUCUGCUGUGGGGUCCGACAGUGACUGAGGCCCUGUGCCCCCCACCCCAUUCCCACUUGGACUGCCCCCUCCUUGGUGAAUGAAAGGCCCAUGGGCUGGGAGGCAGUAGGGACAGCACCCUCUCCCUUUUGCGCAGCCGCCUGCCUGGCCGGCAGGAGGAGCUGCCUUCUCCAGCCCAGCCUGAAACGCUGCCUCGGCCUAGCCCCGCCCCUGCCUCUGGGGCUCCAGCCCAUCACCUGCUGCUCCUGCCACCUCUGGGUUCCCACUGAGGUGGAGGGCUGCGUGGAGCCUGAGCCGGGAGCCGGGACUGCUGGGAGCCCACCGCCCCCGUCCUCCCCCAGCCUCCCAGAGAGCUCUUCACAGAGCAGAGCAGCUGGCCAGAGGUGAGGGUGAAAGUGAAGACUGUGCCGCUCACCACCCCCCCUCGGGUCUUGAUUUAUUCCAGACACUUCCUAGGCACUCUCCAUAAGGGCAUUUCGUGUCUCACGCUGGUCAGGCUGCCUGUUCUCCCUUUGGGGCAGAUGCUGCAGGUGUCGGAAGGAACCUCAGGCUGGGCCAGAGCCCCAGGGCGUCCAGGACACACGUGCCACAGAACUGUCAAGUGGUUCCAUUUCCUUGGUUGUAUUUUUUUUUUUUUUUUUUGGCAGAGAUA